AAAAUAUUAAUAAUUUAACUGCUACUGAUCAAAAUUAUGAUGAUAAUGCACAUGAUAAUAAUUUUGAAGAUAAUGUACAUGAUAAUAAUUUUAAGGUUGCUAUUAAUAUUCCUCAUUCUGUAAGUCGACAUAAUACUACAAGGAUCCGAAAUAAACGUCGCACUUCUGCCAAAGCCCCACGAAUAUUAAGCAACAGAAAAGAAAAUGAUUCUACCUUAUCAGUAAAAAGAUCACUUGAAGAUUUAUUUCUCAAAAAAAAGUGUGAUUGGAAUCCCAAAAAAUUCACAAACACGGCAGUUGCAAAAAGAUUAUGUUUGGAUGACAAUCCUAUUGAAAAUA